UCGAUGUUUUGUUAAUCUUCAUCUAAUUGACGCUUCUUUAAUCCGCAUGUCUACUACACUGAGGUAACACAUUGAUCAGGUAACAGUCUACUGUCUACAACACUGAGUUAACAACGCAACGAGGAGAGCGCGGAGAGUGGCUCCCUCAGAGGACGUAUACGAAAAUGUCAAAGUAUGUAGGACUUCUACGAGGCUUUACCGGCAAAGGAUCAAUUGGUUCAAUGUUCAUAGGACAUGUUGUGAAGAGGAGUACCGCAAAUCCGAAUUCCCUGAAAGUUGACACCCAAAAGAUGAUUCUUGACAAAGAAUUGAAAUCAUAUUUCUCCACUAAAAGGUCCAUUUGGGUUGACGAUAAUUCCAAGGAUUGUCUGAUAGGUGACAUAGUGCUGAUCAAAUCUCUUCCCAGGAAUGCGGACAAGAGCAAAGUGACACAUGAAGUGGAUCAUAUUGUGUUCAAACUUGGCUGUGUGGUGGAUCCUAUAACUGGUCGGCGCUGCAGAGGAACAGAAUUCGUAGACGAGGCUGAUAUAGGGACAGAAAAACCAUUAGUGAUUGAGGAAGUAAAGUGACGUAGAACAGACACCAACAUACAAUUGUUUGUUUGAUUUUUGAACUAUAGAAAAAAAAUGUGACUUGUAUGUAGUAUGCAUGUGUACAGUGUCUGAUCAGGUAUCAAAAGAUAAGGUAGUGAAACUAUUGUUAUGAUUCACAUUCGAUAUAUUUUACUUCAAUUAACAUUCUUGAAUCUAUUUUCUGAUAAGUUGGCAAAAAGCUGUAUUGGUUGUGUAACAGCUUCCUUGACAGCUUGUUCUGAUCUAUUGUGAUGUUCACCACUGUAUGUGAUACCAAGGAAUAUAGAUCAUGUACUGCCGGUCCUACCCUAAUAUUUUCGUUUUUGAGUUGAGUGUCCAUGCAGGUUUUACAUUAUUCAUUUGCUACAUUAGGUAGAUGAAGAAAGACAUUAAACGGUACAAAACAAUGUAUUUGUUUUGUAUACAAAUAUA